AGAUUAGCAAGAAAUUCGACUUCAACUCGUCCUAUAAUCAUCCCUUAUUGCGACAAAAAAAUAUUUAAAAAUUACACGGAUGUACUCUAGCAACCAGCAACAAUACUGUAGCAAUUCAUUAUAGUUGAAAAGUAACCAUUGGUGGCUGGUGGGGCAGGAGGAAGUCCAUCCAGAAUGUGCAGGGAUAGCAUGCGAUGGAGAAAAAACAAUUGACAUAACUUUAAAAAAUAUCAUUAAACUCAUAAGUGAUUUUAACAUUAUUUUUACUCUGAAUUUAACAAAAAGUCUUGAGUUUUUUUUUUUUUUGCAUUGGGAAAAGAAUAGGAAAUAAUAUUAAUAUUUAAACUUUAAUAAAUGGAUUAGAAAGAGGCAUAUCAAUAUAAAAAGGGAGCAUUCCAUGUUUGUGAAAGGCAACGAUGCAGGUGUGGAAAAUGGAGAAAAGGCUUUAUGACGCAGCUGUGGAAGGCAACAAGAUUUCGUUGUUGAAUUUGCUUCAAGAGGAUGCACUUCUUCUUGACAGGUUCAUCACUGGCCGUUACCCUGAAACACCUUUACACGUUGCUUCCAUGCUUGGCCAUCUCGAAUUCGUCGAUGAAAUUCUUACUCAUAAGCCUGAGCUAGCCAAAGAACUCGAUUCCCGCAAGUCAUCGCCGCUUCACUUAGCUGCUGCAAAAGGGAACCUGCAAGUUGCGAAAAGCUUACUGAAGGUUAACCCUGAUAUGUGUCUUGUUUGUGAUGUUGAUGGCAGGAACCCUAUUCAUAUUGCAGCCAUGAAAGGUCACCUUGGUUUGUUGAGAGAGCUAGUUGAUGCCAGACCUUGGGCAGCUCGAGUGCUAAUGGAGCAAGGUGAGACCAUUUUACAUGCAUGCGUGAGGUGCAACCAGUUGGACGCAUUGCGAUUGUUGGUGGAAAGAGUUUCGGAUCAUGAGUUCUUGAAUUCUAAGAAUGACGACGGUAACACCAUCUUCCAUCUGGCAAUAGCUGCUAAACAAACCCAGACCAUAAACUUUCUAAUUUCUAGAACAACAGUUGACGUGAAUUGUGAGAAUGAAGAUGGUUUCACAGCACUUGAUCUGUUAUCACAAAACCAAAGAGAGAUGAAGGAGGUUGUGGAGUCACUUCAAAGGAUGGGAGCUACUCGUGCAAAAGACAAGCCUUUGUCAAAUCGUGAACUUAAGGCAACAAGAACCAAUAUUUUAUUGUCCACGUGGGAUCAAUCAAAUGAGAUAUCGAAACCUAAGAGAAGGAAAAAUGGGAAGAGGUUUGUUAAUAAAACUUGGGUGGAAAAACAAUAUAAGACCCUGAUGCUGGUGGCUUCCUUGCUAGCGACCAUGGCAUUCCAAGCUGGAAUCAAUGCUCCUAGUGGUGUUUGGCAAGAAGAUUCCAAAAGUAACAGUUCAGACACAAACGUAAGAAAUCAUACUGCAGGACGGUCCAUAUUGGCAGAUAAAAAUCAAGACAUAUAUACCUACUUCCUCAAAGCUAAUACAACAGGUUUCGUGGCAUCUCUAAGCGUCAUCUUGCUGCUUAUAAGUGGAUUACCAUUGAAGAAUAAAUUCUUUAUGUGGGUUUUAAUGAUCGCCAUGUGGGUUGCCGUUACUGCAAUGGCAUUUGCAUAUCUACAAUCUCUCAUCGCUUUAACUCCUGAUCAUGCACAAUCUAAGAUAGUAAUUAGUAUAAUAGAAAGAAGUCUGUAUGUUUGGAUCGUCUUGGUGCUCCUACUUUUUCUUGGACACACAAUUCGAAUGCUAAUCAGAUUGAUUAAGACUCUUCGAAAAUUAUUGAUCAGAUUGAAACAUGCCAUCUCCGCACCUCGCGGCAGCGCUUAAAGCCAUCAACAUACAAUCAUUCCACAAACUGCGGUGGAAAAAAAGACAAAUUUUUCAGCUGGCUUGGCUUCUGGUUUAGUUA